AUGUUCCUGAACCCCUCGGCGAGUUCUUGGGCAUAUCAAGGACCAAGCCCCGAUCCCGCCAUUGAAGCUUUCCAUCAACUCCUUCCAGACUACAACAUCACCCCUCUCAUCGAGCUUCCCGACACCGCAAAAGAGCUAGGAGUGGGUCGCGUGCUCGUAAAGGAUGAAUCGCAUCGAUUUGGGCUGCCAGCUUUCAAGAUAUUGGGUGCUUCUUGGGCCAUAUACAAGGCCGUCGCAUCGGAGUGUGGAGCCUCUCUACCUUGCUCAUUGGAGACGCUUGGUGCAAAAGCGCGGAGUCGCAGGCUCAGGCUUGUAGCAUGUACGGAAGGCAAUUGGGGUCGUGCUACAGCCAGGAUGGCGAGAUACCUCCAGAUCCCCGCCACAGUCUUCGUCCCUAAAUUCAUGGACAUGGCUACGCAAAGGACGAUCUCUAGCGAAGGCGCUGAGGUGCUGGUUGUCAAUGGCGAUUAUGACAUGUCAAUUGAGGCCGCGAGAGAUUUAGCAAAGAUCCAAGGGAAUUUGUUGGUAAUGGACGUCUCCUGGCAAGGCUAUGAGGAGGUGCCGCGUAUGGUCGUAGAAGGGUACAGUACAAUGCUCGCUGAAACAGACAGACAGUUACAGGAGAUGGUUGGGAAGCCCGCAACCCAUGUGAUUGCGUCGGUCGGAGUUGGCAGUUGGGCGCAAGCUGUAACUGUGCAUUACAAGAGCAAGCGGGAUCGGGCAACCGUCGUGGCAGUGGAGCCAGAGUCCGCUGCCUGUCUUCAAGAAAGUCUCAAAGCAGGACGGAUCGUAUCCAUCAAGACAGAUGAGACCAUCAUGAACGGCAUGAACUGUGGCACAGUCUCCUAUAUAGCCUGGGAUGUGCUCCGGAAGGGGGUCGAUGUGUGUGUCACAGUGUCGGAUCUAGAAGCGCAUCGCGAGGUAGAAUACCUUGGUGCCCACGCUGUGCCUUGUGGACCUUGCGGUGCUGCGCCUCUGGCUGCACUCAGAAAGCUGAUAGAGUCCAAGGACAGGUUUGGAUUGGAUGCGGCUUCUGUCGUAGUUUUGUUCAGCACAGAAGGAGCGCGUGAGUACGAGAUAUCGAAAUGAAAUGAACAGAGUAC